AUUGUUCACAUGAAAGACGGUUGCCUUGGUCUUGAUUUCACUUUGAACUAUUUCUUUUGGCUAUAUCCUGGCUAUUAACGAAAGAAGUUAAAUCAAAGAGUUUUUUUAGAAUAGGGUUGUUCUUUAUAAGCAAAGAUGAAUAGAAUUCAAAAUGGUUGGUUUUCUGAAGUUAACAGCCAGUGGCCAGGACAAGCACUGUCUCUAGAAGUUGAAGAAGUUUAUCAUGAGGGCAAGUCAAAGUACCAAGACAUACUAGUAUUCAAAAGCAAAACAUAUGGAACAGUCCUGGUCUUGGAUGGAGUUAUACAAUGUACUGAAAGAGAUGAGUUCUCUUAUCAAGAAAUGAUUACAUUUUUACCAUUAAACUCUCAUCCAAAUCCUAAAAAGGUUCUUAUUAUUGGUGGUGGAGAUGGUGGUGUUAUACGUGAAGUUGCUAAGCAUCCACUCGUAGAAAAGAUUGUUCAAUGUGAAAUUGAUGAGGAUGUCAUYAAUCUGUCCAAAAAGUACCUUCCCAAACUUGCCAUUGGAUAUGAUAGUCCCAAACUCACACAGCACAUUGGAGAUGGGUUUAAGUACAUGGAGCAGCAYGAAAAUGAGUUUGACGUAAUUAUAACUGAUUCUUCAGAUCCAGUGGGUCCUGCUCAAUCAUUGUUUGAAAAACCUUACUAYGAAUUAAUGAAGAAUGCAUUGAAACCUGAUGGAUUGUUAUGUUGCCAAGGUGAAUGUCAGUGGAUUCAUCUACCGCUCAUUAAAUCAAUGAUGGAYUUUUGUCACACGCUAUUUCCAUCGGUUGCCUAUGGUUACACUACUAUACCGACAUACCCAUCUGGGCAAAUAGGAUUUAUGUUGUGUAGCAAGAAUAAGGAAACCAAAUUUAGUGAGCCCACCACAGUGUUCACUGACGAGCAAGUUGACCAAUUAGGACUUAGAUAUUACAAUGCCGAYGUGCAUAGAGCUGCAUUUGUGCUACCGCAGUUUGCUAAAAAGGCAUUUCAAAAUUAAUGGUAGCAGGUUGUCAUUUAGCAGAAGAUUAAUGGACAUCUAAGGGGAAAGUAGAGCAGCAAGAGCAGGAUUGUUGGGAAGGAAUUACUUGUUCCGUAUGCUCGUUAUUAAGCCAGAUUAUAAUUAACAAUUAGACCUCGAGGUCGAGUGGACUACGAGCUAAUAGCCCAUGAGGCCGAGUCCGCGAGGC